UGCUGCUGAGUAGUCGGUAUCGCUCUGUCCACGCGCCUCUUGGAAGCUGCAAAUGUGACUUAUAACUCUCAAUUUCAGAUUGAAAGCCAAUCACCUUGUUGAGUUUCUUCUUCGUCCAUCUGCAUGCUGUUCUCAGUGGUGUGCUGACGCCUCGCGAGCUGUCUCUCCAAACCUCCCAUCUUGACAGAGAUGAGUAGUCCCGAUGCGGGUUACGCCAGUGACGAUCAGACCCAGGCAAGGUGUACGAUGUCAGUCAUGAUGCCUGGAAUGGGACACUGCCAGUGGGCCGACCCUCUCAGUCCUCUCGGGGACAACAAAGUGAAGAACGAGCCGUGCGCCUCCGCAGGGAGCUCCGGGAGCCAGAACCGCGGGAAGAGCGAGCCGCGGAUCCGGCGGCCCAUGAACGCGUUUAUGGUCUGGGCGAAGGAUGAGCGCAAGAGGCUGGCGCAGCAAAACCCGGACCUGCACAACGCGGAGCUCAGCAAAAUGUUGGGGAAAUCAUGGAAAUCCCUUCCUGUCACGGAGAAGCAGCCUUUUGUGGAAGAGGCCGAGCGGCUGCGGGUCCAGCACAUGCAGGAUCACCCUAACUACAAGUACCGGCCCCGGCGGAGGAAGCAGGUGAAGAGGAUCAAGCGGCUGGACUCUGGGUUUCUUGUCCACGGCGUGUCUGAUCACCAGGGCCCGGCGAUGGACAGCAUGACUCUUGGCUACCACGAGCACGGCUUCCAGCUUCCUCAGCAGCCGCUCGGUCACUACAGAGACGUUCAGGCUCUCGGGGGCCCGUCGUAUGAGAGCUACAGCCUCCCCACACCGGACACCUCCCCUCUGGACGCUGUGGAGUCAGACUCCAUGUUCUUCCCUCCACACUCACAGGAGGACUGCCACAUGAUGUAUACCUACCACUCCCAGGCUGCUGAGUACCAGCCCCAGGACCCUGUCUCCAACCACAACCCCAUCCUGCACCGACACCAAGCCUCUGCUGCAGAGCCUGCCACCCUCCCCCCUUCAUACAUGGGACACCCCAACCCUCUGGCCAUGUACUACACCCAGCACUGCAGCCCCAGCCACCCAAAGAGGCAUCCCGGUGGGGCAGGACAGCUCUCCCCACCUCCUGACUCCCACCCUCACCCUGCAGACAGCGUGGAGCACAUGCACCAAUCCGAGCUGCUAGCCGAGGUGGAUCGCAGCGAGUUUGAGCAGUAUUUGAGCUCCUCCUCAGCGCGUGCGGACAUGACGGGCCUGUCGUACGUGCCACACGAGGCCGGCAUGCAGGGACCCGAGAGCCUCAUAUCAUCGGUGCUGUCAGACGCCAGCACAGCUGUGUAUUACUGCAGCUACAACAACUCCUAACCUCCUGUUCACCCCGCUGCAAGGACACAGGACCUGACCUCAAAUCUUUGAAGCUAAAUCUCAACAAAAUGUGUUUAUUUUUGUAUUUUUUUUCCCCCGACUAUUAGCUCAGAAGGCAUGAGAUAUAAAAAAUAAGACUGUUGUACUGUAUGUGUGUCCAAGAAAAGCCAUAAAACUUUUUGAACAUGAACACUGGGUUCAACCUUUCCUUCCUCUCUUGCAGGGAUAUGAAUUCAUAUGGUGAUAAUUAAUAUUGUACAGACAAUAUUUUAAAAAUUGAUGUAUAUACUGAUGUUUUUUUUUUUUUAUAUUUUUGCACUUUUGAGAAAUAAAUUGUUGCAAAUAUUCA